CUGGGGUUCUCUUCUCCCUUGGACGAUUUUAGAAGUUUCAACACUUGGUCCCAGUCGAUUCUUCGCAGAAGUAACCUUGAGAUUGCUCCAAAUUCGAAACCCUAACAAUUGGAGAAACAAAUUUCUCAUCAAUGGCGAACAAAUUUCUGCUAUGGGUUCUGAUAUCAGCAACACUUUGGGCCUUAAUCUGGAGAUUCGUUUUGAUCGUCUUCAAUGGUCGGAGUAACAGAAAGAGGGCGGUGGGGUUCUUCCACCCCUACACCAACGACGGAGGUGGCGGAGAGAGAGUCCUCUGGUGUGCCGUCAAAGCGAUCCAAGAAUUGAGUCCCGAGCUUGACUGCAUCGUCUACACCGGCGAUCAUGAUGCUUCUUCUGAUAGUCUAUUGGGUCGAGCCCUUGAUCGGUUUGGGGUCAAAUUGCUUCACCCUCCCAAGGUUGUACAUCUAUACAAAAGGAAGUGGAUUGAAGAAGCCACUUAUCCUCGCUUCACUAUGAUUGGUCAAAGCUUUGGUUCAGUCUACCUUUCCUGGGAAGCUUUAUGCAAAUUUACUCCUUUAUACUAUUUUGAUACUAGUGGAUAUGCUUUUACAUAUCCAGUUGCUCGGAUGUUUGGGUGUAGAGUUGUAUGCUAUACCCAUUACCCAACAAUCAGUUUAGACAUGCUUUCUCGUGUUCAUGCACGGAAUUCCAUGUACAACAACGAGGCCUUGAUUGCAAAGAGGUGCUUGUUUUGUAAUUGUUCUAGCUUAUAGGAUAAGUUCUUUGCAUGCAGGCUUCUUUGAGUUGUUUUUUAAAGAAAGCUUUUCAUGUACUUGUUCUCUUCUCAUGUGGAGCUCACUAGAAAAUUACACUUGUGACAGCGCUUUACUAUCCCGGUGCAAAGUCAUUUACUAUACCGUUUUUAGCUGGAUGUAUGGGUUUGUAGGCUCAUGUGCACACCUUGCUAUGGUGAACUCUUCAUGGACAGAGUCUCAUAUUGGGAAGCUUUGGAAAAUUCCAGAUCGUACUAAGCGUGUCUAUCCUCCUUGUGAUACUUCAGGGCUUCAGGUACUUCCACUAGAAAGGUCAACAGACCCUCCAAAAAUAAUUUCUGUAGCUCAAUUUCGUCCAGAGAAGGCACAAAAUCGUCAACUUGAGGCAUUUUCAGUUGCCAUCAAGAAAUUGCAUGCUGAAUCGCCUAGACCUAAACUCCAAUUUGUGGGUAGUUGUCGGAAUGCAGAGGAUGAGAAAAGGUUGCAGAAUUUGAAAGAUCAAGCUGUUGAACUGAAGGUGGAAGAGGAUGUGGAGUUUUAUAAGAAUGUGACCUACAGAGAUUUGGUGAGACUUCUGGGGGGUGCAAUUGCAGGGAUACAUUCUAUGAUAGACGAACAUUUUGGCAUAUGCGUUGUAGAAUACAUGGCUGCAGGCGCCAUACCAAUUGCUAAUAAUUCUGCUGGCCCAAAGAUGGACAUUGUGUUGGCAGAAGAUGAACAGCAAACUGGAUUUCUUGCCCAAAAUGUGGAAGAAUAUGCUGAUGCCAUCGUAAAAGUUAUAACGAUGCCAGAAACCGAGAGACUUGAGAUGGCUGCGGCUGCAAGGAGACAGGCCGACAGGUUUUCGGAACAAAGAUUUUAUGAAGAUUUUAAAGCUUCUGUUCGACCAGUUCUUUGCCCUACUUCAAAGUGAUCAAAAACUCCAUUUACUGUUCACUUGUAAGUUAGACUAGAGCAUCACAAUCUUAAUUUUGAAAUAGAACAAAAAAAAUGUUAUCAAUUUGUAAUGGGUUAUUGUACACAAGCAAUGUGAUUUUGCCUGGUCAGUGUUUGGAUCUAAAUCUAGGAUGGGAUUAUGCGUGGAUUGGUGUUUAUUAGUUGGGA